AAAAAGAUUUUGUGUAGCGAGAGGUACAUAAAGAAAGCUCAUAGACAACAGAGGGAGACGUCAGACGAUUUGCCGUGUUGUUUGUUUGCUUUUUCUCCUAAUAAAAUUCUCUCGUCCAUCGGAAGCGAGAAUUCGGAUCGGCUUCGGUGUCGUUCUCAAUGGCAGGAGAUGGUGGCGUUUCCUGCCUCCGGAGGCCGGAGAUAAUCGGCGGUUUGGAACCUACGGCGGCGGAGAUGGAUGAAGUUCACGUUCUCGCCGUCGAUGACAGCCUCGUCGAUCGGAUUGUAAUCGAGAAAUUGCUUAGGAUUACCUCGUGCAAAGUGACUGCGGUCGACAGUGGAUGGGGAGCUCUGCAAUUCUUAGGGUUAGAUGAAGAGAAGAAUAGCUCCGGAUUUGAUAAAUUGAAGGUUGAUCUGAUCAUCACCGACUACUGUAUGCCCGGAAUGACCGGCUACGAGCUUCUGAAAAAGAUUAAGGAAUCGUCAAGUUUCCGUGAAAUUCCUGUCGUAAUCAUGUCGUCAGAGAACGUGUUGGCGCGAAUCGACAGAUGCUUGGAGGAAGGUGCGGAGGAUUUCUUGCUUAAACCGGUGAAACUCGCCGACGUGAAACGCCUGAGAAACUACAUGACCAAAGACAUCAAAGUCCCCAGCGGAAACAAACGAAAGCUUCCAGAAGAAUCGGGUCAUCUCUCACCUCCUCCACCGCCGCCUUCGCCACCUCCGCCGUCGUCCACGUCACCGGAUUCUUCCGAUUCCUCUCAACCUCCGUCUCCGGCGGAGAUUUUAUCCAUCUCAUCGCCUCCGUCUCCACCAGACGAAGUCUCGCCGUCUACACCGCCGCCUUCUCCGGAGAUUUCGCCGCCUCCGGCGGAUUCGUCGAGCAGACGGCAGAAGAUGACGAGUCCCGGAUUAGAUUAGAAACGAAAAAAUGUGCUUUUCCGGGAUCCGUGUAAUGUUUUCUCCGUUAACUUUUUCUUUGACGGUUUUUUUCAUUCCGGGUUGACGCCGUCAGUUAAAUAGAUGCUCCCUUUUCCUUAGCUCCCCACGUGUACUUUUUUUUUUACUUUCCUAAAAUGUCUAAAUUUUAUUUAUUCCAGUAAAAUGUAAUGACGGUAUUUUAACUAAAUGUUCUCUCA